GGGGUUGAUACUAUUUGAUAAUGUGGCCCCUGAAAUUAGAGUUUCGCUUUUUACUGCUCGUCACUGCUUGACGAAUGCCUUGGGCUCUUCGGUUCCAGCUCUAUGACUACGGCUUGCAGCUUCUCCCGGUUCCCUUCGUCCUUCUCGUUGCUUUGGCGCAGCUUCUCGGCUGUGCUGCAGCGCCGUGCGGCACGGAGGAGUUGUUUAAAGCAUUGGAGGGCCUCCGGUGGGUGCGGCAUGUCCAGGAUCCCUCAGCGCUCUGGGACGCGUGUGCUCAUGAUCGACCCAGCCGUGCAUUGGUGGCGGCCAAGCGGAGGGCAUUGGAGACGGCAUGCCGGUGCUUCAGUUGGCUCAGGGAAACCUGGGAGACGGCUGAGAAGCUGGAGAUGCAAAUGAGGACCUCCUUGUUCUAUGAUCGGGAGGCCUUGUGGAACCUCUCCCGACGGCUGUCCACGCCUAUCAGCCACCCCCGCGAUCUGAAUCUCACGCAGAUCUACGAAGAACGGAUGGGACACAUCCACACGGCAACCUGGAAAAAGAUCCGGGGGAUGCUGGCACUGGUGGAUGAAGAGUUGAACUAUGGCAAGGAUUCCGAAGCCCUCGUGGCACAAAUCUUGCGCCAAGCCCAUGCCUUGUAUUUGCCGCUUUGGGAUUGGCUGCAUGGGCUAGGCAACAGCUGCCUUCCCAACAUUUUCACCCGCUCCUGCCAUUCGGAGCACUUGCCCAUUUUUCAGUUGUUUCCUCCGGUGCAAGGGCCGCCCAAUGAUGGGCAGAUUAUGGACUUCUUGGGCAUUACCACCCGUUUGCCGGACGUGUGCUUCAAAGACAUGUCCGUCCUCCUGGCGCCGAGCCGAAUCCUCGAGUGCUACUUCGAAGCCAACGGGACACCCCUGAGGAACUGGCCCUUCUUGGACGAAGAAUACCUGGAAUGGGCCGAUGUCUUAUCCAUCGCCGCGGCCGCCGCCCGAACACACGGCGGCCUGCGGGUGGCGGAGAUCGGAUCAGGACCCAUUGGGCUUUGGGGGAUUCGAGCUGCCAAGGCCUUUGUUCGCAUGGCAGAUAGCGACGCAACGGCGCCGGGCCGCGCUGGGCACUGCGAGGUGCUGUUAGUGGAACCUUACGACUUGGGCGACGGCUCCGCCUUGGAGAACCAUUCCGCGGCGAACCUGCCGGAGGGUCGAUGUGACAUACGCGUCGAGGGGAAACCCGUCAAAACCUCAGAUGAUCUCCAGCAGUUGCUGAAGGGAAAAUCGUGGGACCUGGUGGAUAUUGACGCCCAGGGCGCCGAGCACGGCAUGCUCCGCUCCCUGAUGCCCUGGUUGGCUCAGCUCCCAGUGCAGCGCUUGCACGUGAGCACCCACGCACGCUGGAUCCACCGCGACAUCCGCCGCUGGCUCCUGGACGCCGGCUGGGUCCUCCUGGCCGAUUCCCAGGCCUUGUCCCUCACCGACUACCCACAUUUGCGCUUGGGCCCUUUCUAACCAACGACGGGCACAUCACUGCGGUGCCACCGCGCGCUCUAUGGACGUGACCGAAAAAAAAACCGGAGACAGCGCGAGUGUUCGGGUCGACGUGGGUCGGUGGGUUGCGGUGGGUCGGCUAGACCAGCUGUCCGCACAUCCGUCCUGGCUGGACAUGCCCAAGCCCGUUAC